AUUCCGAAAUCUGCGAACUAUCCGUUCGUUGCUAUUGUCGUUGUCUUCUGUUGUCAAGCAAAUGAUUUCUCUGCGUUAGAGGAUCCCGCGAUGUAUUCAAGACAAAAAAUAGAUCCUGGCUUCAUUAUGUUUGUUUUCGCCCCCCUCAUCCUCAGAAGAAGUUCCUAACUUCAAAGUAACGUUCCUUCCAAAAGUCGUUAGGCUAGAGGCGCCAUUUUGAAUGCUUGAUAUCAUCAGUCUUUGCCCAGCUUUGCUCGCACACUGCCAGCUGGUUUUCACACCAGCUCACUGCUUCCCUUCUUUUUCUCGUCUAACUCCAGUUCAUCUAGUUACUGGGAUCAACUGUGAACAGCUUGACUCAACGCUUCCACUGCAAAGGCACACACGCCAUUUCAUUCCUUUUUGGUCAUAUCCGCUUCCAUGUCCAACAAUGCAUCUGAGUCCUCGACGUGCAACUUGGGAUAUAGCUUCCUCUCUUCUGUAGCGUCGAGCAACAAUGACUGCGAUAUUGAAUCCAUAUUAUCUGACAUUCCCUUCAUCUCGGUCGGAAUGUUAGCUUUUGGAGCAUCUGCAUUCUUUUUCUUCGUCAGACAUUUCACGCUCUCUGUCGUCUCCCUUUAUUUUUCGGUGUUGCUAUCUUUCGCAGCUGUCGUCAUCGACCUGAUACAAAUCCUUAUCCGUGACUUGACUCAGGUCAUCGUACAGCCAUUGAUUACAACAAGGGAGGUUUUACUUGCCCUAUCCCUCGGCCUACGUUUUCUGUCUUACUGGCUGUAUGUCUCUGAGCCCCCUAUCGGAGAUCCCCGACAUCCUCCAUUCCAGGAUCGAUGGAACAACUUUCUCACACUCAGUUCUCGGGACAACGUCCACAGUGGCAGCUGGUCUCGGUGGGGUGCUCUAGGAUUAUAUGUAAAGGUUACUUUGUUGGCCACCAUCCCUACUAUCGCCGCUUUGCAAAUAAUUUGGCGCGUAAUUCAACGAUUCCAUAUUUAUGGCCCGGUGUAUGCAGCGGAUGUUACACUCGAGGUCGUGGUCUCCUUAUUGCUUCUUCUGAAGAUGCUAUUCAACACCGUUCCAACCUCGUCGAUUGCCCGAUCGCACACUUUUGAGGAGUAUGGGUUUCCCAUCUUGGCGCUAACGUUUAAUACUGGGAUUUCCGUCGGAAACUUGAUUUUCUUCGCAUUCACAGAGUCAAUACUUGGUCGACUUCUUCAAGCAAUAGAGCUCUACAUCUUGGUCGUCUUUAUGAUGAUUCUUCACUUUCUCCGUCACAAAAAGACCCCAGCUACUUACCAACCCAGGGAUUUGGAACUGUUGAAAGUCAAGUUGCCAGAACGGACCCGUGAAUCGACAUUCAGGCUAUCCCCACCGGUGGUGUCUACACCCAGGCUUCCCAGUUCCGAAAAUCAAAGCAGAAGUAUAAAUGCUAAUGUCACCCGUCAUUCUACGCUUGCCACCGUAAGCCGUGCUCCCUGGGUUUCAUGGAGCCUGUCCCAUGGUCAGUCAGACCAAGAUGAGGAGAAAGCCAAACUAUGGAACAAGAGCGAAGCUGGAAAGGGGGCCCCAGAUCAGCCUGCCGUGGGUCAAGGCAGUGCCGCAAAUCAAAGUAUGACUUCCGUCGCUUCUGUUACGGACAGGGUAUCCACAGAAUGGAGAGACAUUGUAAACGAUUCUGUCUCCAACUUCCAAAGGCUAUCUAUGCUCGAUACCCAGUCUGCAGGCACCAGAUCUAGGAACACCUCAUUGAGCAGUGGACAAAUUUGGCAUGCAGUUCGUGCAGACGUACCCACCCGCCCCCAACCUCUGAAGUUGCAGAUGAUUACUAUCCCGCCGACUGCAACAUCCUCCGAUGAAAAUGGAGCCGCCGUUGUCAUGACUGCCCCUCCAGAUCCUCCAGCUCAAGAUUCGCCUAUCUUUGUAAUCAAGGGUUUCACUCCUCAACCUCCACAAGUUCCCAGCAGGCAAUCUUCAUCCGGCAGAUCUCUUGAAGAACUGCUAGAACUGCAGAAUGAACUAGAUAAAACAAUCGCAAUGCUUCGACUGUUUUCUCCGAAGUCUCCAAUUUCCUGCUCUCCGACCUCCACUUCUCCAAGCUCCCCUUCAUCACCAAGAAUCAGUUCAAUUCAGGCUGAAAAAUUGCGUCAGUCAUCCUCCACCGGCGCGCAGACGAUGUCCGACUUCUCUUUGAGCAACUUCCCCUCCCCGCCACUGUCGGCCUCCUGGGCUCCUCUUCCUGCAACAUUGCCAGCUGUCAAAUUACGAUCAAAGGAAGACCAUCUGACUCGUCUUCGGUUAGGUCAAGGCUCGAUUUCCGACACUCUUGGGCUUCCGCUGCCAAGAAUACCUGCAGCUUUGGAAGACAUGCCUAGCUCUCCUCGUUCUGACCUCGCGUCAGACUCUCCCUGUCAGGAAGACAACGGAAUGGUGCCCGCGGACGCAGGGCGAUCUUAUAGGUUCAAUUCUGGCGGAACGCAGUACGAGAUUACGUCUUUUAUAGGUGAUCUAACAACUCCUGCUAGCCACAGGAAUGCGACUGUGUAUAAGCCUUCGGAUGUGUCUGGAGAGUGUGCGUUCAACCUUGACGUAGCUGAAAGCCACGGAUCUCGGGAAGCUUCCCCCCACUUGUCCGUAUUGCCUUUCUGUCCGUCGCCUUUGAGAGAGGCAGGAAUACUGAAUCUGCCAUCACCCUCCGCAAGCCGUAGGAGAUCGCAACUCUCAAUGGAGACGGGGCUAUCGCCUGUCUCAAAUUUUGAGGAGGAAGUUUCAGUUCCGGACCUAGAGUCGUGCGUGCCUCUGGCACAACGUGGGAUGCGACCUCUAAUACUUCCGUCCAUGACGCCUCAUGUCCAGUCGUUAAAUGUCAGGACUGGUAUACGGUCGUCAAGAAGGUUGACUGGCCUCUCGCAGAGGCCACAGCUCGCACCGGAUUUUAAUGCUUCAAAUCCAUUACCUGAAGAUGUACACACUCCUGGAGCAUUCGAGCGACCAUUGAUUUUCCGUUCAAACGACGGAUAUUGAGACAGGUGUAAGAUCAUGGUAGCCGUAUUUAUUUCUAACGUUAUGACCUUCGCUGGUCGGAGAUGUUGACAGCUAGAGGCCUUAUUCGUAGUUCCUGUAAAUAUGUUGUCGGACUCUUUGUAAUGCACUAUCUCAUUUGUGGACGGUUACGAUAACAGCACACGUUCGUGAUGCACAAAAUGAUC